GACGUGUUCUAUACUGCGAGUAGUAGUUUGGCAUUUAUAGGUAGUUACUUUGCUGACAGUCUUGAGUUUAGCUUCCGAUCGUCUCCACCCCAUAGGCGCCCGGGGCCACCUUUAGGGGCGAGAGGCGCAAAAUGGUUGUACUGGCUGCGUCGAUCGUCUCCAAGACGGGGAAACCCCUCGUCUCGCGCCAGUACAUGGAGAUGAGCCGGAUCAGGAUUGAGGGCCUGCUGGCAGCGUUUCCUAAGCUGGUUGGGACAGGCAAGCAGCACACAUACGUGGAGACGGAGAACGUGCGCUACAUCUAUCAACCCAUGGAGGGGUUGUACCUGCUGCUGAUAACCAACAAGCAGAGCAACAUCUUGGAGGACCUGGAGACGCUACGCCUGCUCAGCAAGCUGGUGCCGGAGUUUAGCCAGAGCUUGGAGGAGGAUGCAGUCGCAGCGAAGGCCUUUGAACUUAUCUUCGCGUUUGACGAGGUCAUUUCCUUGGGGCACAAGGAGAACAUCACCGUUCAGCAGGUCAAGCAGAACUGCGAGAUGGAGAGCCAUGAGGAGAAGCUGCACAAGUUGAUCAUUCAGAGUAAGAUUAACGAUACCAAGGAUAUUAUGAAGAAGAAGGUGGCGGACAUUGAAAAGUCUAAAAUGGAGCAGAAGAAGAUCGGCCUUGGCACAGCACUCAGCGGGUUUGGCAGCAAGGCCGCCAGCUCCAUUCUGGCAGAUCUGGAGCCCACACCCUCAUACCGACCGGAGCCAGCACCGUUGCCAGCUGUCAGCAAGCCCUUGGCACCCGCAGUCAAGGGGCCAUCCAAGGGCAUGCAGUUGGGCAAGGCCAAGAAGGCCAACGACUUCUUGGAAACCCUUGCGAAGGAGGGAGAGGUGGUGGAGCUGGAAGUGGCGAAACCCACGGGUGGCGUGGCCGCUGUCACUGUCAACACUGCAUCGGAGCCAGUGUCGCUGGCGAUCGAGGAGAAGCUGUCGGUGUGCCUCAACAAGCAGGGUGGCGUGGAGAACCUGGAGGUCCAGGGCACCAUGUCUCUGGUGGUGAACUCCGAUGAGGACGCCUUCAUCCGAAUUGCCGUUGCCAGCGGCGCCAACAAGGGCUUCCAAUUCAAAACCCACCCGAACAUUGACAAAAACCUGUACGGGUCAGCCAACGUGCUGGGGCUCAAAGACCCCUCACGGCCCUUCCCCACGGGCAGCGAGCUGGGCAUCCUCAAGUGGCGCUUCCAGAGCAAGGAGGAGAGCCUGGUGCCGCUGUCCAUCAACUGCUGGCCCAGCGUGUCGGGCGGCGAGUCGUACGUCAACAUCGAGUACGAGUCCACGUCGGAGCUGGACCUGCAGAACGUGCAGGUGGUCAUCCCGGUGCCGGCGUCUGGGCACGCGCCCACGGUCAACCAGGUGGAUGGCGAGUGGCGGUACGACUCCCGCCGCUGCGCGCUCAUAUGGAGCAUUGAGCUGAUCGACGACACCAACCGCAGCGGCUCGCUGGAGUUCGUCACCUCUGCGGCGGACGCGGAGGCCUUCUACCCGGUGGAGGUGUCCUUCACGUCCAACAAGACCUUCUGCGACAUCAACAUCAUGGGCGUGGAGCACACGCAAAAGGGCGGCGCCGUCAAGUUUGGCCUCAAGAAGGCGCUGGAGACGGCGGAGUACAGCGUGGUAUAAUGGGCAGGGGCGAGAAUUUAGGGCGGAGUGGACAGGGAGGUGCGUUAGUGUUGCCAAUCCUGGCAGCUUAGGACACAUGGGUCUGCUUGGGCUGCAUGUGGCGUGUAGGUAGGUGUCUAGGUUGGCGAGGGUCGGUCGGCCCCUGUUUGAUACAUAUUUGCUUUGGGUAACAGGUGCAUGGAUCGUGUUUGGAUGACGGUAGCUGAAGUACAUGGCCGGAGUGUGUCGGGUUUCGUCGAAUUGGCGGAGUGGGAUGGGUUGUUAUGCAGCGCAGUGAAGGUGCCGGACCUUUUAAGGGCGGUGCGAUAGGUAGAAGUCGGAGGUUGGCAUAAACAUGCGACGGUGUCCAAGAAGGACGGGAGACAUGUGACGUGGCAGAGGCAUGUCAAGCUCAGGGCUUGUCGGCCAUCCACCCCAGUGCCGCAAACGGAUAGGGGCUCCCUUUGCAGAGACCGAGUAUGGACUUAAAAGACUCUGCUACGGUCCUCCUCUAUCCCCAGACUUAAGACCGGUACUAAGGACCUCCUCUUUUCCGACCUAACUGAUAUCAAGGAUGCAUCGCCUGAUCACAUGCGGUUACCAAAGAAUAUAAACAAUACUGUUGGAUCACAUAACGCCGGAUAGCGAUUGCCAACCUGCCGGUGUACGUUAACCGCAGGAGCCCAUGAGAUUACCAUAGCUGCAUUCUGUAAGCUGAUCUAGCCAUGCUAGCUCUUAUGAGUACAUUGUCCGAGGUUAUUACUUCUGCUUGUAGCCAUAGCCCCAUGGUACUAGGAUGGCCUUGGCGAGUGUUACGUAGCCUCGGCUUAGCCGUCCGAGAUACUUUUUGAGAGUUUCUAUGCUAUAACGUCUGAGCGACUGUUUCUCUUUCCUGCGCAUAAAUUGACACACGGUCACAUACUGGGUCCGUGUUGGCAUCAACAGACAAAAUGGAUGUCGCGACCGCUCUGGGGACGACGGUUAUUGCACUCUGCACACCAGCGCUACUCUUGUUGUUCUAUGCUAUCCGGCCUGCUGAAACAAACUCACCAAAGGAGAAAAGGCUGUUGAGGCUAAAGUAUAUCCGCAUCGGAUGUUUUGUUGCGGUGGCCCUUGGACAAGCCGUUAUGGGGGCAUGGCGAGCAUCUCAACACCGAUUCAUGCUUGCCUUGUAUGAUGCACAGCUGGUAUCAACAGGGCUCCUUUGGCUGCUGACAGCGGUGGCCAUGAUGGCCAUUUGGCCUCGUCAAGCUGGUGCCUCGCUGCUGCCGGUGGUGCUGGUGUCACUGAGCAUCGUGGGGCUGCAGAUGGGCAACGACUGCUUGCAUGACACCAACCCGGAGUUCACUCAUGACGACCGGAUUGUCGGCAUCUCCCUGCACACCGUGCUGCUGGGAGUGCUGCUGUUCGAGUGCAUGGCGGAGGCGCUGUACGGCCACAUGGCCUCGCUGCCGCUCUCGGAGCUGGAGGAGCCGCUGUUCUCGCAGACGGAGAAGGAGAAGGCCAAGGAGGCGGAGAAGCGGGCGGGCAAGCGCGCCUCCUCGCGCGCCCAGCGCACCGCUCGCGCCUUCCGCUACGUGUGGCCUGAGAGCCGGCCGCUGCAGCUGCGCCUGGUGGCGUGCUUCAUGCUGGUGCUGGCGGAGCGGUGCGUCAACCUGGCGGUGCCGGUGCUGUACAAGAACAUGGUGGAUGGGCUGAGCGGACCCACGGGUCAGCAGCCGCAGCCGGAGCCGAAUGCGCAGGGGAUGAUGUUGGGAGCUGCGGCGGCGGUG